UAAACUUUACAAAGAGUUUAAAAAAGGGACUUAAAUCUUGCCAAAGUUUAAAAUCAUGGCGGACGGAGGUUUUGACCUUCCGAUUUAUACAGUGGACGCGUUCACAGAUGAACCGUUCAGUGGCAACCCUGCAGCGAUAUGUCUUGUACCUCAUGGAAAGAUGAUGAGCGAUGAAACUUUUCAAAAAAUAGCUGCGGAGAUGAAUUUGUCAGAGACAGCGUAUAUAGAACACCUUUCUGAGAAUAGCAACUUCGCCACUAGCAACGAGUUCAAGCUCCGAUGGUUCACACCGACGAAUGAGGUACCGCUGUGCGGCCAUGCCACACUGGCGUCUGCAGCAGUGCUGUUCUUUUGCUCAAAUAACUCCAGCGGUGCUAUUACAUUUAGAAGUAAGAGUGGUCCGUUAAUUGCACGCCGUGACGGAGAGAGUAUCACAUUGGACUUUCCCAUCAAUCCUGUGGAACCAUACGACAGAACUGCUGCAUUGUCCAUAAUUAAGGAGAUAUGUGACCCGGCUUUGGUCAGUGACGUCCAGUACUCCCCGGGAACCAAGAAGCUUUUGCUUCGAUUAGAAGACAACUUUUCCAGGGAGCUGUUUGAAGGUUUGUGUCCAGACCCACGUGCAUUACAAGCCACAGACAGCACGGGCAAAGUAAAAGGUGUAAUAGUGACAGUGAGGGGAAGCUCAGUGUUUACAGAUACAUCUGGCCAGUCUUUCGAUUUUGUUUCGAGAUAUUUUGCACCUUGGAAUGGAAUACCGGAAGACCCAGUUACAGGCUCAGCGCAUACAGUUUUAGCUGACUUUUGGAGAAAGCAGAUGGAUAAAAGUGAGUUUUAUGCCAGACAAUGUUCAAAGAGGGGUGGUGAUGUAAAGAUAAAGAUCAUGUGUGAUCGAGUGGAAUUGACGGGCAAGGCAAAAGUUGUUCUUCGAGGUACCUUUAACAUGUGAUAUAUCAAACUGUCGACGUGGAAAAGUUAUGGUUUAAUGAUACAGAAGACAGCAUUAGGACCAAAGUGAAGUCUGAAAAUAUGUACUAUAAUAUCUGUCGAUAUACAUUGCACCAAAACUCUGCUUAAGACGGAUAGACAUUGCUAUGAUUAACUAUACAAUGAAAUUGUUGAAUGCAUUGCUAAUCUUGUACAUGUACAACGGCUGAUUUCCAUUGAACUAAACUCAUUUCAAUGUUAAGAUCUGCAUGGUACUUCUAUAGUUAUGUUCUAAAUUAGUAAACUGGUCAAAUGUC